AUGAGUGCCAGGACAUCCGAGAAUUUGGCGCUUUCUAUACCAUCGUGCACCUUCAAUGGGACUACGCAGACCAAUGGCACUUGCAUCGACCAAAUGGAUCACUUAUUCCAGGCUUUCUCCUCUACUGCGGUUCUCAUCGUACUGAUCGCGGUGAUCGUUGGGAUAAUAUUUGUUUCCCUCACAACCUUUCAUUUUCACAAAAGCAAGAUGAAAAAGCGCAAAAUACAAAAAGCUCAAGAGGAGUACGAGCGUGACAACUGCAGUCCCAAAAUAGCGAAAGGAAAACAGUCAGUCAGACAAUGCAUCAUGGUACGACCUGCACACAGAGAUUCCAGGCAUCGGCCACCCGCUGCAGUCCAGAAACACGAACAAGAAUCGACGUCUCAGGAGGACUCCAGUGUCAUACCCAUCCCAGAGAACGUAUCAAAAGGGGACACAAGACACACGGAAGACGGACAUGACCAGCUGUUGGAAAGCGUCGCCUUGUCCUGA